UAUAUUUCCCGGCGUGCACCGCGCGGACGGCAGAGCCGCCGGGAAGAGUCGCGCCGCCUCCUACCCCCGCCCUGGGGGGGAGUCGCGCUGUCCCAUUCUGCAGAUGGAGACACAGAAGACAGGGGCCGCUGUGAACGUCUCGGGUGUGGACGUAGCGCAGUGGGAUGGGGUCCAGGACGUCCUGGCCCCCGGGGAGGGCUCGGUGGGGCGGGUUUGCGAUGCGCAGCCAGUGCCAUUCGUCCCGCAGGUGCUGGGCGUGAUGAUCGGGGCCGGAGUCGCCGUGCUGGUCACUGCCGUGCUCAUCCUCCUGCUAGUGCGGAGGCUUCGAGUGCCGAAAACCCCCGCCCCGGAGGGCCCGCGGUACCGAUUCCGGAAGAGGGACAAAGUGCUUUUCUAUGGCCGGAAGAUUAUGCGGAAGGUGUCACAGUCCACUUCCUCCCUGGUGGACACCUCCGUCUCCGCCGCGUCCAGGCCACGCAUGAAGAAGAAACUCAAGAUGCUGAACAUUGCCAAGAAGAUCCUCCGCAUCCAGAAAGAGACCCCAACACUGCAGCGGAAGGAGCCCCCGCCUGCCGUGCUGGAGGCUGACCUGACCGAGGGCGACCUGGCCAACUCCCACCUGCCCUCCGAGGUGCUCUACAUGCUGAAGAACGUCCGGGUGCUGGGCCACUUCGAGAAGCCACUCUUCCUGGAGCUCUGCCGGCACAUGAUCUUCCAGCGGCUCAGCCAGGGUGACUACGUCUUCCGGCCAGGCCAGCCAGAUGCCAGCAUCUAUGUGGUGCAGGACGGGCUGCUGGAGCUCUGCCUGCCAGGGCCUGAUGGGAAGGAGUGUGUGGUGAAGGAGGUAGUCCCCGGGGACAGUGUCAACAGCCUUCUGAGCAUCCUGGAUGUCAUCACUGGUCACCAGCACCCCCAGCGUACAGUGUCUGCCCGCGCAGCCCGAGACUCCACUGUACUGCGGCUGCCGGUGGAGGCCUUCUCUGCAGUUUUCACCAAGUACCCUGAGAGCCUGGUGCGGGUGGUGCAGAUCAUCAUGGUGCGGCUGCAGCGGGUCACCUUCCUGGCCCUCCACAACUACCUGGGUCUGACCAAUGAGCUCUUCAGCCAUGAGAUCCAACCCCUGCGCCUCUUCCCCAGCCCCGGCCUCCCAGCUCGCACCAGCCCCGUUCGAGGCUCCAAGCGUGUUGGCAGCACCUCGGCAACUGAGGAGCCUCGGGAGGCCCCUGGCCGGCCACCUGACCCCACCGGGGCCCCUCUGCCUGGACCUGCAGGGGACCUGGUGAAGCCCACAUCCCUGGAAGCACCCUCGGCCCCCCUGCUGAGCCGCUGCAUCUCCAUGCCAGUGGACAUCUCAGGCUUGCAGGGAGGCCCCCGCUCAGACUUCGACAUGGCAUAUGAACGUGGCCGGAUUUCCGUGUCUCUGCAAGAAGAGGCUUCAGGGGGGCCCCAGGUAGUCCCUGUUCGGACUCCCACUCAGGAGCCCCGGGAGCAGCCGGCAGGGGCCUGCGAGUACAGCUACUGUGAGGAUGAGUCGGCCACCGGCGGCUGCCCCUUCGGGCCCUACCAGGGCCGCCAGACCAGCAGCAUCUUCGAGGCGGCAAAGCGGGAGCUGGCCAAGUUGAUGCGGAUUGAGGACCCCUCCCUCCUGAACAGCCGAGUCUUGCUACAUCAUGCCAAAGCCGGCACCAUCAUCGCCCGCCAGGGGGACCAGGAUGUGAGCCUGCACUUUGUGCUCUGGGGCUGCCUGCACGUCUACCAGCGCAUGAUCGACAAGGCUGAGGACGUGUGCCUGUUCGUAGCACAGCCAGGCGAGCUGGUUGGGCAGCUGGCUGUGCUCACUGGGGAGCCCCUCAUCUUCACGCUGCGAGCCCAGCGGGACUGCACUUUCCUGCGGAUCUCCAAGAGCGACUUCUAUGAGAUCAUGCGCGCACAGCCCAGUGUGGUGCUGAGUGCCGCGCACACGGUGGCGGCGAGGAUUGACACCCCCCUGAAGGCUUGCACCUGCGGGACCCUUGAAGGGGGGCCGGGAACGCGGGGGAAGAUGGGCUCGCACUGCGGCCCCUCCAGUCCCGCUGGACCGCCGAUCUCAACGCCCCAGGUCGUGACCCGCCUCAUUCACCUGCUGAGCCAGAAGAUUCUGGGGAAUUUGCAGCAGCUGCAAGGACCUUUCCCAGGCUCGGGACUGGGCGUGCCCCCCCACUCGGAGCUCACCAACCCAGCCAGCAACCUGGCCACGGUAGCCGUCCUGCCUGUGUGCGCGGAGGUGCCCAUGGUGGCCUUCACACUGGAGCUGCAGCACGCUCUGCAAGCCAUCGGCCCCACACUCCUCCUCAACAGUGACAUCAUCCGGGCACGCCUGGGCGCCUCCGCACUGGACAGCAUCCAAGAGUUUCGGCUGUCGGGAUGGCUGGCCCAGCAGGAGGACACCCACCGCAUUGUGCUCUACCAGACAGACUCCUCCCUGACGCCCUGGACGGUGCGCUGCCUGCGCCAGGCCGACUGCAUCCUCAUCGUGGGCCUGGGCGACCAGGAGCCCACGCUGGGCCAGCUGGAGCAGAUGCUGGAGAACACGGCCGUGCGCGCCCUCAAGCAGCUGGUCCUGCUGCACCGGGAGGAGGGCCCGGGCCCCACGCGCACCGUGGAGUGGCUCAACAUGCGCAGCUGGUGCUCCGGGCACCUGCACCUGCGCUGUCCCCGCCGCCUGUUCUCGCGUCGCAGUCCUGCCAAACUGCAUGAGCUGUAUGAGAAGGUGUUCUCCAGGCGCGCGGACCGGCACAGCGAUUUCUCCCGCCUGGCGCGGGUGCUCACUGGCAACACCAUCGCCCUGGUGCUGGGCGGGGGCGGAGCCAGGGGCUGCUCACACAUUGGGGUGCUGAAGGCAUUAGAAGAGGCGGGGGUCCCUGUCGACCUAGUGGGCGGCACUUCUAUCGGCUCCUUCAUUGGGGCCCUAUAUGCCGAAGAGCGAAGCGCCAGUCGAACUAAGCAGCGGGCCCGAGAGUGGGCGAAGAGCAUGACUUCCGUGCUGGAGCCCAUGCUGGACCUCACCUACCCCGCCACGUCCAUGUUCACGGGGUCAGCCUUCAACCGCAGCAUCCACCGCGUCUUCCAGGACAAGCAGAUUGAGGACCUGUGGCUGCCGUACUUCAACGUGACUACGGACAUCACUGCCUCGGCCAUGCGUGUUCACAAAGAUGGCUCCCUAUGGCGAUACGUGCGUGCCAGCAUGACGCUCUCGGGCUACCUGCCCCCGCUGUGCGACCCCAAGGACGGGCACCUCCUCAUGGACGGCGGCUACAUCAACAACCUGCCAGCGGACAUCGCCCGCAGCAUGGGUGCCAAGACAGUCAUUGCCAUUGACGUCGGGAGCCAGGACGAGACAGACCUCAGCACCUACGGGGACAGCCUGUCUGGCUGGUGGCUGCUGUGGAAGCGGCUAAACCCUUGGACGAAUAAGAUCAAGGUUCCAGACAUGGCUGAGAUUCAGUCCCGCCUGGCCUACGUGUCCUGCGUACGCCAGCUGGAGGUUGUCAAGUCCAGCUCCUACUGCGAGUACCUGCGCCCCCCCAUCGACUGCUUCAAGACCAUGGACUUCGGGAAGUUCGACCAGAUCUAUGAUGUGGGCUACCAGCACGGGAAGGCUGUGUUUGGGGGCUGGAGCCGGGGCGACGUCAUUGAGAAGAUGCUCACAGACCGGCGGUCUGCUGACCUGAUUGAGAGCCGCCGUGCCGACGUGCUGGCCUUCCCCAGCUCUGGCUUCACUGACUUGGCAGAGAUCGUGUCCCGGAUCGAGCCCCCCACCAGCUAUGUUUCUGAUGGCUGUGCUGAUGGGGAAGAGUCAGAUUGCCUGACGGAGUACGAGGAGGACGCAGGACCUGACUGCUCACGGGACGAAGGGGGCUCCCCCGAGGGUGCCAGCCCCAGCACCGCCUCUGAGAUGGAGGAGGACAAGACAGGGCUCAGGCACCGGCGCUGCCUGCCGCAGGACGCUGCCAGCUCGCCCGCAGACACCUGAGGACCGCAGGGGCCCCCGGAGCGGGCUGCUCCCCCACCGCCUGCUGCUGUGCCUGUGGCCGCCUGGUCUCCCGGGACCUCCAGGCCCACACACUGGAUUGCUGGCCCUCCACGAGGAGGGCGGCACUGCACUGAGGACCUUGAACCGUCAUUCCCAAUAAACCUCUAUUCUCGGA